GUCAUUCAACGGGUAAAGUCAGCCUCAGUCACGGUAGAUGGUCAGCUUAUUUCAACCAUCGGCAAAGGCUUGCUUGUGCUAGCUGCCAUUGGCAAGGAUGAUACUCAGAAAGAGGUCGAGUCCAUGGCCAAUAAGAUCCUGAAAGCAAAGCUAUGGGACAGCGAUGAAGGCGGCAAAUGGAAAUGGGGUGUCAAGGAUAUCGAAGGGGAGNUAUCACAAUUCACACUGCUUGCCUCCGUCAAGAAAGGCAACAAGCCCGAUUUUCACAAGUCUGCCAAUGCAGAAAAGGCAAAGGAGCUCUACGACCAGUUCUUCAAGAAAGUACAAGCCCUAUAUCAAACAGACAAAGUGAAAGAUGGCGUCUUCCAAGCCAUGAUGGAUGUAGCUCUCGUCAACGACGGACCGGUCACUAUCCAGAUAGAUACGGAUCCUCCUAAGAUGGACAACCCUACCAGCUUUGACCUCCCCGGCGACCCUCUCACUCACAAGGGAAAGCUGCAGACAACUUUCGAGCUGCCAGCUUCGCUUCUUGAG